CCAGGGCUGUACUUCCCCUUGAUUGUUUGCCUCUGCCAUUGUGGAGCUGACAUCUUACAGGGGAGUCCUGCUCGGUCCCUUAUCGUGGGAGCAUGAGGAGAGAUCAUUGCCCAGCGACACCCAUCGAUUACAGUGAAUAAUAGCCAGGAAGGGAGGCAGACAACAGUAGGAACAUGCUCAAGAGAGGUGCUGUAAUUCUUGGGACAGGGCGCUUCUGCAGAGGAGGAGGAGAGUUGCAGGGUGGACGGGAGGCGGGGGGGUCCUGUCACUGCUGAUGCUCUCUAGAGCUCAGCAGCUGGAGAGAAACAUUGGCUAAGGAUGGUCAAAGCUGGGAAGGGAAAAAGGCAAGGAGGGAAAAGGAUGAAGUGAAAAGAGCUAGGAGCCACCCUGGAGAGCAUACAAACAGCCUGCUGACCUCUGAUGCAUGAGGGAUGAAGAAAACAGACUGUGACUGACUAUGUGGACCAUCUGGGUGAUCUUCUGCAUUUCAGCUGUCCCGAUCAAAGCUAUUCCACCUGUCUGUGACCUUCUGAGUGUCCUGAAAAGGGAGGAAGAAAAGUGUGUGGAGACUCUUUCCCUGGAGGCAAAGAACAGAACGACUGAAAAUGGUCUGCUCCUGAGCUCAGGCAGAUGUGCUGGAAUGUGGGACAACAUGAGCUGCUGGCCUUCAUCCACUGUGGGACAGACUGUCAAUGCUCACUGCCCUGAAUUCUUUCAGAUGCUGACUGGGAAAAAAGGUUUUGUGUACCGAAACUGUACAAGUGAGGGCUGGUCAGAGCCGUACCCGAGACCUGACAUUGCUUGUGGCUACAAUGUCAACGACACAACCAACGAGGCCAGACGUUCCUAUUUCAUGACCCUGAAGACCAUGUACACCAUCGGAUACUGCACCUCCCUUGUGACGCUGAUGAUAGCCUUGGUGGUCCUGGCCUCCUUUAGAAGGCUUCGCUGCACAAGGAACUACAUCCACAUGCAUCUCUUCACGUCAUUCAUUUUGCGAGCCUCAUCCAACUUCAUCAAGGAUGCUGUCUUGUUUUCCUCUGAGGACACAAAUUACUGUGGGGCAUACACGGCUGGCUGUAAGCUCACCAUGGUCUUCUUCCAGUAUUGCAUCAUGUCUAACUACAGCUGGCUCCUCGUGGAAGGACUCUACCUUCACACUCUCCUGGUGAUUUCCUUCUUCUCGGAAAGGAAGUUCCUCUGGUGGUUCAUCGCCCUCGGAUGGGGUGCCCCAACGGUGUUUGUGGCUGCAUGGGCGACUGCCCGGCAGCUCCAUGAAAAUGUUGGGUGUUGGGACAUUAACACUGAUGCCAAUACCUGGUGGAUCAUUAGAGGCCCCAUAGUUGUGUCUAUAUUUAUUAAUUUCAUUCUCUUUGUCAACAUUUUAAGAAUCCUGAUGAGGAAGCUCAGCUCCCCUGAGAAACGGAGCAGUGAUUUCAACCAAUACAAGAGACUUGCAAAGUCAACACUCCUCCUCAUCCCUCUCUUUGGAGUCCACUAUAUCAUCUUUGCUUUUUUCCCUGAGGAUGCAAGCAGCGGUACAAUGGAAAUUCAGCUGUUUUUUGAAUUGGCUCUUGGAUCAUUCCAGGGCUUUGUUGUGGCUGUGCUUUAUUGUUUUCUUAAUGGUGAGGUUCAGCUGGAAGUUCAGAGAAAGUGGAGGCAGUGGCAUUUAAGCAAGCACUGGCGACAGCAUCUCAGCACGUCAGCGAGUAACGGAGGAAGCGGCUUGACUCAGGAGAUGCAGAUGGUGAGGUCCAGCCCAGCAGAGCACAGGAGAGGAACCCUCCAAAGGUCAAGUGUGCUUUAACUCUGUGCACCUGAGGGUACCUCCAUGCUCAGAUACACAUGGCUGAGUCCCAUGGACUGAGCUGGGAGUCCUGUGUCCAUAUCCAAAGCGGGACUUGGCUGUGGAUCAAGGGAUCUUGGAGCACAUCUGUUCAUGUAUAUCCUGUGCAGCACCAUGGUUAUUUUGCAAAGCAAAAUGGGCCAAAAUAUUAUGCUCUUCCUUGAGUUUCUGCCCACUGUAAUUUGUGUUUCUUUCCACACCUGCUGCUAGUUCUACCUUAAAUGUGACCUUCCAUUUUCCAUGUGGCUCUCCAGCAUGUUCCAGGCUAAGCCAGGCUGGUUCUUUGUUUUUAUUGCUGCAGAAGCUGGGAGGACAUUGAAUUUUAUACUAUGAAGGUAACAUGCCAGCUUCCAUGGGUUUGAAGUGCACAAUUAAUUAAUCCCUAGAAUUUAUCAAGGUUCAAAGCCUUUCUGUUGUGGUGAUGGAUGAAUGGAUGAUGGACUCUGAGAACACAAGGCACAGCUGAGCUCCAGUUUCCUCUCUGACUGCAUAUCCAUUGCACCAGUGACAGUGGCAGGCUCAGACAGGUUUUUGCCUUUGCCUGUUUCAGCAGUGGAGACCUUGGGAACAACGGUGGUCCAAUUUGGAUAUUUGAAUCAUUUUGAAAUGGUAGCAAAGCUAUUACAACAUAUUCCAAGGGUGACCAAAAAAACUUCAGUAAGAUAGCUCAUCCCUAUUGUGUCUGUACCUCUGAGACUUGACCAGCAUGUGUUCGAAGGGAAGAAAUGAAAGCUCUUGAGACAUCUGAAGGUCAAUUGAACUGGACAGUAGAAACUGUCUGGUGAAAAACAACAGCGUAGUGGCUACCAAAAAUCCCUUUAGAGUCUACAGUCCCUCUGUGUACUGAAAUCUGCAAGGCUGUGCACUGUAAUAUGCUGUCAAAAAGCAUCUGAGCUAUCACAGCUUUAUGCUCUUAAGGACAUAAUUAAGCAGAUUUCCCUGCUUUGAGUGGGAAAGGGAUAAAAUAAUUAAUCUGACAAAUGAAAUCAAAUCUCCUACUUGAUUUUGUAUCCACAUUUCCCUAGUUGGGGUGAUUUUUGGCUGGGUUUCUUCAAGGGCAAAGAUGCUUGAACUGGAAGCAAAUGAUGUUUACCACUUCUCCCUCCUCCCAAUCACCUUCAAGACAUUGGCAAAACAUGCAUGGCAUGUCAAAUGCUGCCUGAGCAGCAUUCUCCCAGCCCCUCUGCCAAAACUGCUCCAACGAGCUUUUAAUCACACCAAAUGCAUACAUGGCAGGCUUCUGCCAUUUUAUCGGAAGACAAACAUGCAGAGAAGUUCAAAGGAUACAUUCAAGCUUAAAUUACUGUACUGAGCAGGUUUUUUGAUGUUAGCUCUCUUUGAAACUCUGAGAUUCAGGAAAAAAAAUAUCUUUUUUUCACUGGGAAUGCUGACAGUUAUCGCACACCCUCCCUGGUGCAGCAGCAGCACACAGAGGGCAGCCAGGAGAGGAAGGGCACUCAGCAGCAGGGAGACCUUUGUGGUUGCUCCAGCCUGCCCUGCCUGGUUGGCUUUCUUGGCUCAUGCAGGUCUCCCAGCACUAGGAGAGUUGAACCUCUUUAGGACCAGGAAAAAAAAUUACGAGAUGUAAAGCUGUAAAUGGCAAGUGUUUCAAGGAAUUACUUUAAACUUAUAUUUUUGGAAAUUACAAGGUUUCAAGUUGGCUUUGUCCUUUAAAAAUCAGCCAAAACAAGUGGAAGGAAGAACAGAAGCAGGAUCAGUCCCAUGACCAAAGGAGAAGUGAAAGCCCCUCCCUGAAGGUUGGAAUGAAAGAUCUCACUUUUUGCUGACUCACCCAAGCCAAGCAGAGCUCCAAACUUGUCGGGGGGUCACUCUGUCCCAAUGCAUUUAGUAAGUCUGAUACUUCUGAAAAAAUGUAACCCUAAUUUUCUCUCUGGCCUAUGAAUGAGACCAAGAAGGGCGAAACAACUUGUAUGUUCCCUCUCUGAGAAUUAAACAUUCAUCCUUCAAGCCAAAGCAGCUGUUUGUUUUAAAUGCAAGAGCCUCUUUCCAGCAUAAAUGAAGAAAUACAGAUUCAGAGAUACAAUAACAUGUAAUUAAUUAGAUCUGAUGCAAUUAUUGGCACUCACACCAGUGAGAGAGCCAGUGUAAGAUCUCAGCCCUGCAGUGCAUGGCUAGGACCAGCACAAGACUGGGAGGAGCCCAGGCUGAGCAUGAUACCUAUUUGUACAGGGGCCUGCCACAUGCCCCAGAAAAAAAUACUGCUGGUUUUCAUAUUUAAAAACCGCCAGUUCUAGCAUAAAUUAUUGUUUUACAUGACCAUUUUGGUUUAUUUGUCUUGUCUGAAACAACCAAGAAAAAUGAAUUAUUCCCAGAUUCUGUACAACAUGUUCACUUCAGGCAUCAAGCACAAACCUUGUUUGGAUGAAGACCUGAUAAACUCCAUAAAGACUCCUGGAUGUCAGCUGGAAUUUGGAGUCCUCAAAUCUUGGGGAAGAGCACGUCCACGCAGGAAGAUAGCAGAAGCAGGCAGCCCCAGAGUUAUGAUGCUGUGACCUUCUCCUGGUUUCUGCUGGCAAGAAAACUUCUUCUGUCCUGGAAGCUGCUGCCAACCACCAUGACAGGGGAAUGGGUUCUUACCUCUCCCAUCUCCUGGGCAGGCUCUGCAAUGGCUCCCCUGCACUGCUGUGGAUCUUGCUUGUUUAGCUGUGCUGAAGGAUGCUAGAGAAAAGAGCUGUUUAGCUCUGGGGACAUUGACAUGUUUGUAAGCAGAUGAAGGCACAGAGGGUGAACACAAACUCCAUAUCCAUGGAGCCCACCCACUUUCCUUUCAUUGCACUUGCUCCUGGGUAUUCAAUGUAAUAUGUAAUACCAGUAAAUAGGACCUGAGUACCACCUUUCACACAAGUAGUAAUCAUUGUUCAGGACACUGGUGACAGCCUCUGGCUAUUCAACCCAGAUGCCCUGAGGAGCCAGUUGUUCUUCUGCAAGCCAGCACCAGCACGAGCAUCAGCAGCCUAAGAGCUGAUGAAUUUAAGAGGAAAUGGAUUUUCUUUCCCACACGGGCAACAAGGAAGUACCUAGCAAAACUAUCAGAAGCAAAAACCAGUAGUUGUUCAGUGAAUAAUUACAUUGUGCAAUGCCUGAGUGCAGGGGAGCUGAAGUGGGCUGUGUCAGAAGGGUUGGUACCGAUUCAGUGGGGUUGAGUCCAGUGAAGGUGAGAGGCCUCAGGAAUUCAGGCAACACCCCUUCCAGGACACUGCCUGGGGCAAACCUUGUUUUCACCCAGAAAUGAGGCCCUUCUUGCAUGUGCCAGCUGUCUUAGAACAUUGAGAAGAAGGGCUAUUACCAGCUUACCAUAGGCCCCAGCAGAGUGAAAAAGAAAGCAGGUGAGGAGAGUCAUGUAAUAUUAUCUUUGUAAUCACCUUCCUGUGGCUUGCAAAAGCAAGCAAGGCUCAACCCCAUUCCUGGUGUCCCUACAAGCACAGCUGAUGAACGUAUUGGAGACUUAAAACCAAAAUAACGUGCUCUAGAGGACCCUGCUGGAGCAGGGAGGCUGGGCUAGAUGACCUCCAGUGCACCCUUCCAACCUUAACCAUUCUGUGAUUCUGGAAAAACACAGUAGAGGCAGGAAAUUUCCCUAGCUAGCAUGCUCUGUAUCAACAUUUCCUUAUUCUCAUCCACAGGCAAUGGCUUGUGUACAAGUGUCUAAUUAAAGUUAGUAGCUAAGUCUAAACGGCUCAUUAACAAGAAGUGAUGUUCAUUACCCUGCUUUUAAAGAGAUGUUAAACUGAGACAGGCCAACGACCUCUCCUGUUGGAAAGAGAACACCAGGUGCUAAUUAACUUGAGAUUACAUAAACUAAUCCAGUGGUGUAGCUGGGAAGCUCUUUUCCUGACACUUAACUAAACCUGCUAAUACAGUGAGCUCUGAGAAAAACACAUAAAUACAUUUGUACUCAGAUACCACUUCUUGCAGGCCAAACAAUCGGAGCUGAGGAAAAGAGCAAGGAUGCUUCAGACACGGGGUGCAGUGUGGGAACAGGAAGGUGAAGGACACAGGAAAGAGCUCUUUAGCUGGUAAACAGAGCACAUGCAACAGCAGGAAGUCAUUAAAGCGCCUACAAGGUUAUCUCAAAUUCCCACUAAGAAACACAGCUGACUGCCCUUCUUGUUUUGCAAGACAAGAAAGCAGUGCUGCCUUCUUGGGCUGGGGCAGACACUCCGGAGGCAAAAGGAGAGGGGAGUGUGCAGUGGCCUCAGUUCCCUUGG